AUGGGUGCCUCAAAGUCCAAGCAAAGCUCUCAGUCGUCUCAGACAACAAUCAAAGACAAAACAUUAUCGGGACUAGGCAACCUCAUUAGGCUCCUUCCAACAGGUACAGUCUUCUUGUACCAAUUCCUCAGCCCUGUCCUAUCCAACAAUGGCCACUGUGCUACAACCAUCUACAAGUACCUCACCGCUAUUCUUGUCCCUGUGUCUGGCUUGUCUUGCUUCUUUUCUUCAUUCACUGAUAGUUAUGUUGGAGAUGAUGGGAAAACUCACUAUGGGGUUGUAACAUCGAAGGGUCUUUGGCCCUCGACGGACUCUAAGAACGUGGACUUGUCGGCUUACAAGCUUCGGAUUGGGGACUUUGUUCAUGGCCUUUUUGCGCUGUCUAUGUUUGGGGUUCUGGCGCUUUUGGACCCAAAAACAGUGGGCUGCUUCUAUGCGGUGUCUGAUUCGUCGGAGAAGACUUUGCUCAAGGUGUUUCCUCCAGCUGUUUGUAUGGUUUUGAGUGGGCUUUUCAUGUUCUUCCCUAACAAACGCCAUGGAAUUGGAUACCCUUCAAGUACUGACUCUUCACAGGUUUCCAAGUUUGGUGGUAGCGAAGUAUCAUUGACGAAAGCCUAA